UGUAAGCGUGAUCUGUUUUUUUUUUUCAUGUUUCCACCAGGUCAACGAUAUGUUUCUUUUCUUGCAAUUAAAAACGAUGAAGAGGACUUAUCAAUGUGAACCAUGUCCAUUCUGUGUGAAUUUGUUGGCAAUUUCUCGCUUUUCAUAAAAAUUAUGCAGCAAUUCAACAAAUAUAACUGUUUCCCCAGCCCCUGUAAAGACAAUCACAGUCCUAACAUGUUUGGUUCAGUUUAGCUCUGUAGAGCUAACUCACAACAAAUAUCGCCUCCAGGAACUUUACAGAAAUAUAAAAAUCAAUUCUGUCCAGUCAUACAAAUUCCAAAAGUCCAUGCAUUCCAAUUGUUCCUAAUUAUCAAACAGUGUAGUCAAGUUCACCGUCGGACAGUGGGUCCGCGAGGAGAAAUUUCCUAUUAGACAUUAGAAUUUCUGAAACCAUACACACACACAAAAAAACCUUGUAAAACCUUACACGGGGUCAGAGCGACCCCACCAGAUUCCACAUGGAGUAAAAAAUGACAAUUGUCUUUUAGGAAUGCAGAAGGGUUAAAAAGUUGUCUUGACUUGAAGCAUUUACCUCUCCGGUAGCUUUGUAUGAAAGCCAAACACAGUUGCAUGAAUAGUAACUGUUUAUUGGUCUGUGUGGCUACUGUGGAAGAGGAAAAUGUCUUUUGUUUUCAUUGUCAGGUUUAUAUUAGAUUAUUGGAUGACCCUGCACUGUGCUCUCAAUGUAUGUUGAAGUAGAACUAAGAAUCAGAGAAGACAUGUUCACCUGUCACAGAUCUUCUCAUCAGUUUCUCACUUUCAUAAAGUCUAAACAGAUUUUAAGAAUAAAAUUAUCUCAAUAGUAGUAGAAAUUCUUUUUUGAAAUAUUUAUCUGACCAGUUUGUUGUCGAAAUGUGUUAAGAUACUGGAUGGGACAGGUUAACCUAAAACAAGAUAUUUUCAUCAUAAAUUGUUGAUAAUGUUGGCAUGACUGAGAGACAAAAAUAUUGCUAAGUGAUUGGAUUUGUUUUAAGAACCGUUGUUAGCCACUUGGUGCAAUCUUCCAAACAAAUUAGGCACCCAUCAUCUGGUUACUGAAUUUCAGAAGAGACACAGUAACUGCUGCCUAAUGAAGAACCAUUCCAAGAGUAAGCAACUGGAAACAGCAGAAACUAAUUUAAUAGUUAUGAAAAUGUCACUCUUCCUCUACUGUAUAAGGCAGAUUGUAACUGCUGUGUGUGACUGAUUUCCUGGAUUCUAAGGAGAACUUGUCAGCUAUAUUUCUAAGAAGUCCUUCCUGUUGCUCAUUUCCUGUGUACUACCUCAUCAGUUCUUGUCCAUGCUGUUUUUAUAUGUUGAAUCUUGCAAACAGCUUCAAUUUUAUUUACCACAAUUUAGAUGUUUUUGAAUUUGGCACAAUGUUGUGGAACUUGACAUCAAGUGGUAGAACUUUAAUUUGUUGGCUUUUUUCUGUCCACUUUAUACAGGACCGGAGGUGCAAAGGCAGUUUCCUGCUGACUACCCUGAUCAGGAAACUCUUCUUACUGUGCCAAAGUUCUGCUUCCCCUUCAGCAUGGACAGCCUAACAAUCAACCAGGUUGGCCAGAACUUCACAUUUGUGUUGACUGACAUUGAAAGUAAACAGAGAUUUGGUUUCUGCCGCCUCUCUUCGGGAGCUCAUACCUGCUAUUGCAUUCUCAGCUACCUGCCGUGGUUUGAAGUUUUCUACAAGCUGCUGAAUAUCCUUGCUGACUGCACUGUCAAAGGCCAGGAAAGCCAGUGGCAAGAGCUCCUGGUGUCACUACAUACACUCCCCAUACCUGAGCCUGGAGUUCCCAUUCACCUUGGUGUGCAUUCCUUUUUCACUGUGCCUGACAUAAAGGAACUCCCAAGCAUACCCGAGAAUAGAAACCUAACAGAGUACUUUGUAGCAGUAGAUGUCAAUAACAUGCUUCAUUUGUAUGCUAGUAUGCUUUAUGAACGUCGAAUCCUCAUCUGCUGUAGCAAACUGAGCACUUUGACAGCUUGUGUACAUGGGUCUGCGGCCAUGUUGUAUCCUAUGUACUGGCAACAUGUUUACAUUCCUGUGCUUCCUCAACAUCUGUUAGACUACUGCUGUGCUCCAAUGCCUUUCCUCAUCGGAGUACAUUCCAGCCUGAUGGAGAAAGUUCAAGGGAUGGCUCUGGAUGAUGUGGUUCUCUUGAAUGUAGACACCAACACCCUAGAAACCCCCUAUCAUGACCUUCAAAGCCUUCCCAAUGAUGUGGUUUCAUCCUUAAAAAGCCGUUUGAAGAAAGUUUCAACUACAACUGGAGAUGGUGUGGCUCGGGCCUUUCUCAAGAGUCAGGCAUCUCUGUUUGGAAGCUACAGGAAUGCUCUGCAGUUCGAAGCGGGGGAACCAAUAACAUUCAACGAGGAGACUUUUAUCAACCAUCGCUCCAGUGCCAUGAGACAGUUCCUUCAGAAUGCCAUUCAACUUCAGCUCUUUAAACAGUUCAUUGAUGGUCGCUUGGACCUGUUAAAUGCAGGAGAGGGUUUCAAUGACAUUUUUGAAGAAGAGAUCAACAUGGGGGAGUAUGCCGGCAGUGACAGGACCUACCACCAGUGGCUGCUUACUGUAAAGAAAGGGGGUGGAGCUAUCUUCCAAACAGUGAAGACCAAGGCAAAUCCAGCCAUGAAGACUGUGUACAAGUUUGCAAAGGACCAUGCUAAAAUGCGCAUCAAAGAAGUCAAAAGCCGGUUGAAACAGAAGGUAUGUAACUCUGAGCAGGGGGAGAAUGGCUUCACUACCCCUAGGUCAGCAGUCGAUGAUGACAGCACAGCAGAAUUUGCUUUCUCCACUGCUGCCAUCAUGAGGGAGGAACCCGAGCGAACAUGGGACGGCCACAGGCCAGUCACUGUGCACUUUGGACAGGCCCGACCACCAACACUAUUAAAGAGACCAAGCAGUAACGCAAGUCUGGAAAGCAGCUGUGACCAUUCUGUCCGUCCUACUCGUCACUAUACAGUGUUUCUGUCAGAGGAUUCAUCUGGGGACGAGCUCCAUUAUGAUGAGUCCAUCUCUGGCUUUCCUGACAGUUUUCUUUUCUCCACUCCUUUUGACUGGUCACCUCUACCACAGCCAUACCGUUCCCUGAAGGAGGUGGAGUUGAUAGAUGACCGUGGUUUGGGGGCAGAAAGCCUCACUGCCCCUCCUAGUCCAGUUACUGAAAAGUUCUCCAAUGUCAACCUGCUGGGAGACAUUUUUGGAUGCCAGGAUGAACCUGAGUGUCAACCAAUCACCCUGGCUAAGAGUCUGGAGGACCUGAGAACACCGAAAGACUUUGGAGAAUUACAAGCAAAGUUCACCUUCCAGAGAUUGGACCUGAGCAUCAGUGAAAACUCCCGAACUCUUCCAGGACUCAAACUCUCCAAUCCUUACAACAAGCUGGGCAGUCUAGGCCAGGAGCCGUCUAUCCUGCCUGUCUGUGUGCCUCCUGCCUGUGAUAAGCCUCCGUCUGUCCAACUUCCAGUGCAAAUGGAAUCCUGCUCCCCUCUCUGUGAAAGCUCUGGCAUAGCAGUAGACUCUCUAGAUCCCUCUACCUUUGGUAACAUAACCAUUCCUCGACCCCACGGAAGGAAGACACCCGAGCUGGGAACUGUUCUGGUGCCCCCUACUGUGCAGAUGCGUUCCAAGACUUCAGGGAAUGGUGAAGGAAGAACUACUCCAGGAAGAGAAGAAUUCCGGCAGGCUUUGAGCAUGACCUCAGAUGAACCCCAGCAGAGGCCCCCAAAACCUGAUGAGGACGGUGUUGAUCUGAUCAGGCUUUUGGACCCCUUGAGCAGCUCAGCACAGACUAACCUUUCUGCUCUCCCAGAUGCCUUGGAUAUCAGGGCAUCAUCUGCAUGCAAGCCAGCUCUAGCACCCAGGCCCUACCCACAGAGUCUGCCCCAUUUUCCUCCUCACCCUCACAUAUCUCUAAACCCAUUUGCCCAGUCUUUGCAGCAAUACUCACCAGCUGUUAGUGGAAAUCCCUUUACAGCCGUCUAUGGUCCUCCAUUAGGUCCAUACAUCCACGCUUCAUCCCAGCCUCAGCCCUUCUCUACAUUACCAGGACUCCACAGACAGCCAUCCCCCUGCAUUUCCACCCUACCCCCCAGCCAUGGGCUGGCCCCGUCAGCAGCCUCCCCCUCAGUCAGUACUCUGCCUCGCUCCUCUGGCAGCAGCCAUGCCCUCUCCAGCCUGGUGGAUUCCGCCUGUGUCUUUAGCACAUCUAUGAACACGCUGCCAAAGCCUCUGCAGGCACAAGAAGAACAUCAGAACCCUCCGGAUCCUUUUGGGGACCUGCUUCAUAUGGCCACACCUCUUAUACCACAGAAGAAGAAGGUAGAGGACCUCAGGAGGAAGUGGGAAACAUUUGACUAAUUGUGUGCAUCAUAUGUGAACACACAAUUUAAUUUGUCUUUGUCUAGAUCUUUUUGCUGUUCUAAUGUUGCAGUGGAGUGUCGGGGCAAAAAAACCCCGACACGCAGACACAGCAGGGACUGUUAGCUAUGAGCUUUAAUUCGAAGGAAUGAACUCAUUGUGUUAACAACACUUACUAAACACACUUAGGUUCAGAGCUGAGCAGUUUGGUCAUGCACUGAAUUCAGAUUCAUUAAAUUCUUAGUAAAGCUGCCAUAACAUGGCUGGCUCAUUAGCUCAUUAAAUCUUCUGGAUUCAGAAACUGAAAUGUCUUUUGAUUUGAUUAUUUAUUACAAGGUUGGAAUGCUCUAUAAUGAGCUUUUCUUUGACUAUAGAAUAUCGUACUACUGCUGUUGUGCUUAGUUCAUCUGAUGACUUAGUGGUAUGGCUCCUACGCUACAACUGACAAUCUAGAUAAAGUGGGUAGGCCACCCAGACUCCUUCUGUCCUGCUGCUCAAAGUGUAUCUGGUUCCAGCUCAGCGUCGGGGCCUGUGGCGUAAAAUCCCAUCUAAAGACAGCUUUGCUUCAAAAACAGUUUGUAGCAUAUUGCUAAUUGCCAACACACUUUUUCCCCCCUCUAGUGUCACCAGACUUUAGUACUAUCACAUCAACACCCUCUAUAGAUCUCCAAAGCACACAGUAUUGUCUAGCUAACCAUCCAGAUGUCACGAUAGUUGAGUAGCUAUAAAUGGUUGUUCCCCUCUAUCCAGCCAUUGUUUUGCUGAUAUUUUUGUUGGUUCUUAUAUUGUGCUGUUUUCUCUUGGCCUUCAUGAUGAAUUUUCCUUUUAUGCUUCUGUACUUGACCUGUGAAAUUGUUUCCUCUGUUCUUAAAAACUAAAUAUUUUAAGCAAACACACUCAGCUACACUAGACUAAUAUCCCCAAGAUCAUUUUAAAAUUUCUGUAUAAAUAAAUUCAAAUGAGGUUUUUGAAACACUACAUUUGCAUAGUGUGUUUCCUUCCUACAUGUUUUCAUUUUAAGUUUUACUGAUUUUUUUUUCAUUGUUCAGUUAAAUUCUUAUUUUUCACAAAUAUAACUAAAGAAAGAACUAGAGUUCCACCAUAAAUGGUCCUCCAGCCAAAAGGAAGAAUCACUACUGAUAUCGACUAUACAAGUUUUUGACAAAGUACCAAGGGUAGGUCUUUUCUAGUAGAAAUUUAG